GGGGCGCGCACGGCAGCGCUGCGCUGGCGGCGGCGCCGGAGCCGCUCCGCGAUCCACGAUCGCGCUCCCCGUCCCCUUCCCUUUCCCCUCCAUCCCGUCCCGAGCCGCAGGUCGGAGCCGCCGCUCCCGGAGCCGCCGCAGCCGAGGGCAGAGCCCGCCAUGGCUUCGCCCCGCCCGAAGCUGCCGCUGAACCGGGGAGGCGGCGCGGCGGGGUCCGGGAGAAGCGGCGGGUAAAGGGUUAAACGGGAUCAAAGGAGUCGGGCUGGAGUCAGGGAGAGGUGUUACCCCUAAACCGUCGCCCCCAAGUUGUGGGGGGCUCGGGGUUGACGGUCAGAGGCUCUCGGUGCUCCUCGAGAAGAUGCACUUGUUCCGGAGCUCCAGCUACGACGUUCGGCUGGAAGGAGAAGGGAGCAACCUGCCCCCCAUCCAGGGCAUCCGCUGGACUCCACUUUUGGACACUGAGUCCAGCCUGGACUAUGGACACAGCCUUACCCAGGCAUCCUCAGAGAAGAUCUGGAGAGCUGGGAAGCUGCUUUUCAGCCACCUCAGCAGCAGCCAGCCCGGCCUCAUCAGGGACCACAAACAUCACCUGAGGCACCACAGACAGUGCUGCUCAGGGAAGGAGCUGGUGGACUGGCUGCUGACCUCUGGGCUCAGCAUCCAGACUCGCAGCCAGGCUGUGGGCAUCUGCCAGGUGCUGGUGGAUGGAGGUGUCCUGACACAUGUGAAGCAGGAGUGGCAUUUCCAGGACAAGGACACUCAGUUUUAUCGCUUUGCUGAGCUGGAGCUGAGCCCUGAGCCUGGUGCUGUGCUGAGGGAUGCUGAGGAGCUGCUGGAGGCACUGGCUUUCCUGGCCCAGCUGGGUCCUGAUGCUUUGCUCACCAUGGCCCUACGCAAGCAACCUGCCCAGCGCACGGAGGACGAGCUGGAGCUCAUCUUUGAGGAGCUGCUCCACAUCAAAGCUGUGGCUCAUCUCUCCAACUCAGUGAAGAGGGAGUUGGCAUCUGUGCUGAUGUUUGAGUCCCACCAGAGAGCAGGCACUGUGUUGUUCAGCCAAGGAGAUAAAGGCACCUCGUGGUACAUCAUCUGGAAGGGCUCUGUGAACGUGGUCACCCAUGGGAAGGGCCUGGUGACCACCCUGCACGAGGGCGAUGACUUUGGGCAGCUGGCGCUGGUCAACGAUGCUCCUCGUGCUGCCUCCAUCAUCCUGAGGGAAGACAACUGCCACUUCCUCAGAGUGGACAAGCAGGACUUCAACCACAUCCUCAAGGACGUGGAAGCCAACACCAUGCGCCUCAAGGAGCACGGCAAGGUCGUGCUGGUCCUGCAGAAGAACCUGCAGGGUGGCAGCAGCCAAGCAGCCACAGCAAGGAGCAGGUACUUUGUGAUGGCUGGGACACCAGAGAAGAUCCUUGAGCACCUGCUGGAGUUCAUGAGGCUCGAUGCCACGCUCUAUGACCCUGUGGAUACCCUCCUGGGGGAUUUCCUGCUGACUUACACCGUGUUCAUGCCAACCUCCCAGCUCUGCAGGGCUCUGCUGCACCAUUUCCGUGCAGAGCCCCUGGAAGGCUCAGAGCAGGACAAAGCCACUUAUUCCCUGCACAAGCGCCGCAAGAUCCUGAGGCUGGUGAGCCAGUGGGUUCUGCUCUACGGGCGGCUGCUGCAGGGCGACCGCAGCACCAUGGCUCUGCUGCAGAACCUGGCAGAUCUGGCGAGCCAGGACCCUCGCCUUGGGGUGCUGAGCCAGGAGCAGGAUCGGCGGCGGCCCCGAGCGCUGGAGAAUGGAGACGGCAGCGUUUCUCCCCAACCCAAGGCUCGGUGCUCAGUGCACUGGCUCCCGAGCCAGGACGAGGCGAUCCUGAGCAGCAGCUGCUGUGCCUUAAGAGCUCAGGACAAAGUGCCCUAUGAGAUCUACAGAGCAGACCACUCGUGCCUGGUCACGGUGCUGCCCGUCAACGCCUCGGUGCGGGACGUGCUGCGCUCCCUCGGCCCCCGGCUCGGCAGGGAUGGGGAGCACGUCCUGGUGAAGGUCAAUUCAGCUGGAGAUAAAGUGGGGCUGCAGCUGGAUGCUGUCGGGGUGUUCACGGCGUUGGGGCUCAAUGAGAGGCUGUUUGCUGUGAGGGUGGAGGAGCUGAGCAGCCUGACCCCCCACCCCGAGCAGUUGGGCCCCCAUGUUGGCUCCUCAGAGACCCUGGACCUCAUCAGCUCCAAGGACCUGGCCAGUCACCUCACUGACUACGACUGGAACCUCUUCAAAAGCAUCCACCAGGUGGAAAUGAUCCACUACAUCGUUGGGCCCCAGAAGUUUCAUGAUGUGACCACAGCCAACCUGGAGAGGGUCAUGAGGCGCUUCAACGAGCUGCAGUACUGGGUGGCCACCGAGCUGUGUCUGUGCCCUGAGGUGGGCAAACGAGCCCAGCUCCUGCGCAAGUUCAUCAAGCUGGCAGCACACCUCAAGGAGCAGAAGAACCUCAACUCCUUCUUUGCUGUGAUGUUUGGUGUGAGCAACACGGCUGUGAGCCGCCUGGCCAAGACCUGGGAGAGGCUGCCCCACAAGAUCCGAAAGCUGCACUCGGUGCUGGAGAGGAUGCUGGACCCAUCGUGGAACCACAGGGUCUAUCGUCUGGCCGUGGCCAAGCUGAGCCCCCCCAUCAUCCCCUUCGUGCCUCUGCUCCUCAAAGACAUGACCUUCAUCCACGAGGGCAACCACACACUGGCUGAGAACCUCAUCAACUUUGAGAAGAUGCACAUGAUGGCAAAGACUGUGAGGGUCCUGCAGCGCUGCAGGGGCCAUGCACAUGCUCCACUCUCCCCGCUGCGAAAUCGCUCCCCACACCGGCCAGAGGACCCCAAAGCCCUCAGGAUCUCCACAUGCUCGGAGCAGUCCCUGAGCGUUCGGAGCCCCGUCUCCACCUGGGCGUACCUGCAGCACCUCCGAGCCAUCGACAGGCAGCAGGAGCUGCUGCGCCUCUCCCACCACCUGGAGGCCUGAAGGGGAGCUGAGCUGACCUGGAGCAGGGCUGUGGUGGCAGCCCCAGGCCUCUGCUCCCAGCAGCACCAGGCACAGGCUGCCCUGGAAUCAGCCAAGAGCAGCUUCUUGGUCUUGAAGGGCAGCGAGUCCAGUGGCACGAGGGGACUGGGAGCCCACGUGAGCAACUGGGAGCCCAACUGGGAGCCCAACUGGGAGUCCAGCUGGGCUGUGGGCAGCAGAGACAGCAAUAGAAGUAUUUUUGUAUGCAA